AUGACUGAUUCGAAUUCCUGCCCCUGGUGUCCUACUGACCGUGAAUCCAUGAGCCAUGCUAUCUUUUUCUGCAAUGCAGUGAAGGACCUCUGGAGAGAGCUAGACUGUGAGGCAUUGGUACCUGAUGAUCCGAGUGAGAUUUUUGCUGAUACUCUUGUGCGUUGGCAGAAAAUGGACUCUAAAAAAUGCUUAAAAGGUUAUGCUUUACUACGGUUUAUAUGGAGCAGGCGCAACAACAAGAUUUUCAAUGAGAAAGAAGUGCCCCACCUGGCAAUUAAAGAGAGAGUGCUGCGAAUUAUUGAUGAUUGCAACAAGUAUUUAACUAAGAUCUAUGGAGGGGUGAGUAUAAGUAAGAAGAGAAGCCCGAGAAUUUGGAGCCCACCUCCUAUAGGCUUCAUCAAAAUCAACUGUGAUGCUUGUCUACGGGACAAAGGCUGGGUUGGGGUUGGAUAUGUGGCUCAAGUGUUGUUUGAUGGGACUCAGAGAACGAGGGGAAGUUGGCCUCCUGAAAUUGCAGAAUGCAAGGCAAUCCUCUUUGGUCUUAAGCAGGCUCAAAGAUAUGGUGUGAAGAAUUUGGUGGUCGAAUCAGAUAGCCAAGUUGUCAUUAAUCGUCUUUCAAAAUCUGUGAUUUAUUUCUCGGACCUUAAAUUCGUGCUUGAUGAUGUAAUGUUUGUUAAUAAGGACUUUGAUUAUGUUUCAUGGUCACAUGUUCGUAGGGAUGGGAACUCCGUAUCCUAUCACCUAGCUAGGUUAGUACCUUUCGGUUUUGAGCAAAUUUGGGAAAAUCAUUCUCCCCCCUGA